AUGUUCUCUCGCCUCACCGUCGUCACCUCCCUCGCCCUCCUCUCUAUUCUUGCGGUCGCCACCCCAAACCCCGAGAACGCCAAGCGUUGGGCUACCACGACUACGCCCCAGGCUCCGACCACGACCGUGACCGUGACUGAGACGGCAACGGCCUCGUCCGUCCCUGCCAGUGAUUGCUCGACUGGCUCCGUCCAGUGCUGCAACACCGUUACAAGUGCGUCGGAUCCCACCGCCGCCGGUAUUCUGGGUCUGCUCGGCGUCGUCGUUCAGGGCGUCGACGUUCUGGUGGGCCUCACCUGCGACCCUAUCACCGUCGUCGGUGCUGGCGGCGGUUCUUGCAGCGCUCAAGCUGUCUGCUGCCAAGACAACAGCUAUGGCUCUCUCAUCUCCAUCGGCUGUAUCCCCGUCACUCUCUGA